AUGUUCCAGUCGAAGGUUAGUCCUAGUCCGACUCGGAGCAGCAUCAAGGAGGCCAACGACCACCUGCAGCUGCUUCACGUCAAGGUGGCCGAACUCGAGCGCACCGUGCAAGAGCAGGCCGAGGCCCUCAUCAAGAAGGACGAGGCAAUGCAGAUGCGCAUCCGUGACGUCGGCGACGCCAAGGACGCGCGCAUAGCCGAGCUAGAAGUGCAACUGGCGACCGCCGAAGAGAGGCUACGCAAGCACGAAGAGCUGCUCCGCGAACGCGACAUGCAGCUAGAGCUGCUGUCGCACCGCUACGCGCUCGUCGACGAAGUGGCCGCGUACACGCCCGUCGUGGAGAAGCUGCUGGCGGCCAUGCGCAGGCUGCCUGCGAAAACGCCAAGCCGGCAAGCGCCGCGAUCGCGAGCGAACUCGAGGGGAAACUUGACUGCCGCCUCGUCGGUGGCGACGCGCAAGAGUUCGACGCCCGGGACGCCCAACCACGACGGCGUCGGCGGCAACAGCGUACUCGUGGAUGGCCACGCGCUGUCUGAACUGCGCAUCGGUCGCAGUUUCAGCAUCAACAGUAACUUUUCCGCAUCUGACGACGAAGCCGACGUGGUUGGCGCCAUGCUGUGA